CACUGCCACUCGAUCCGUACCCUCAUACGCCGUGCAUUCAUCGCGCCUCGUGGACGUGCCGUGUGCGUGUGGCCGAAAGCAGACUUAAACUUGACUAAUUAUAAAGAACCCCCCAAGACACCCUCUCUAACCAAACCGAACGAGCCUGAGUAUCCUUAGUGACUGGAUACGGAACGAACUCUUGUGUGCCCCCACCCCGUGUGCAUUUCGGUGUAGUGCCAAAAACGAACCCAAAAGUGCGUCAAUUUUUUCAUUCGCUUCAUCUUGGAUUUCCCCCAGUUGUUGCUACACAAUCCUUAAAGAUGACGCCCAACAUAAUAGGCAGCACCUUCAUACUGGCCGAAACGGCCAUUGCUGAUGGCAACAACAACAAGAGGGCCGCCGCGCCCGCUGCCUCAGCCACGAAGACGACAACCCCAAAGGCGCCCGUCAAACAGGCGCUGGCCAAGAAGGCGGCGGCCGAGGCUGGUGCCACCAAGCCCUUCCAAAUGGAGAUUGUCUGGCGCAACGUGGGACUCUUCGUUGUCCUGCACUCGAUGGCGCUUUAUGGUCUCUAUCUGGUCUUUGCCGAGAACGCCUACCUGGAGCUCCUGCCCGUGUACGCGACUAUGUUCCUGGGCGGUCUGGGCAUCACGGCCGGUGUGCAUCGUCUGUGGUCCCACAAGGCCUACAAGGCUAAGCUGCCGCUGCGCAUCUUCUUGAUGCUGUGCCAGUCGCUGGCCUUCCAGAACAGCAUCUGGGAGUGGACCCGUGACCAUCGUGUGCACCACAAGUUCACGGACACACACGCCGAUCCCCACAACUCGCGACGUGGCUUCUUCUUCGCCCACAUGGGCUGGCUGAUGUGCAAGAAGCAUCCCGAUGUGACCAGCAAGGGCAAGCAGAUCUCGAUGGGCGAUAUUGAACAGGAUCCCGUGGUGAUGUUCCAGAAGAAAUUCUACUUUGUGGUUAUGCCCAUCUGCUGCUUCGUUGUGCCCAUGCUCUUCCCCUACUAUUUUAUGGGCAGCUCUCUGCGCGUUUGCUUCUUCACGUGUUCGAUGCUCCGAUUCUGUCUGUCGCUGCACUUCACCUGGCUGGUGAACAGCGCCGCCCACUUCUACGGCAUGAAGGCCUACGACGUGAAUUUUAGUGCGCGAAACAACAAGCUGGUGUCGACUCUGACCAUCGGCGAGGGUUGGCACAACUAUCACCACGUCUUCCCCUGGGACUACAAAGCAGCCGAGCUGGGCACCUACAGCUUCAACUGGACCACUGCCUUCAUUGAUGUGAUGGCCAGAAUCGGUCAAGCAUAUGAUCUGAAGUUCGUCUCGCAGGAGAUGGUGUACAAGCGUGCGCUGCGCACUGGCGAUGGCUCUCAUAUUGCCGCUCUGUUGGAUGCCAACAACAACAAUGCCAUACCCACCAGCGAGCUGGUGGCCCAUUUGGAUCACGAGAAGGAGGAGCACGCCAUCUGGGGCUGGGACGACAACGACAUUAGCGAGGAGGAUCGCAAGGGCGCCACCGUUGUGAACAAGGAGUCCGACCUCAAGCGAGACUAGGCGAGGGCGCAGCGGUCGACCCAUCGAGUGGGUUACCCAAUUACCAAGCAGUUACCAGUCCUAACUAAGCGAGCGAACGAACGAAAUUUCUUAUUUCACAAUCGGGUAAUAGUAGCAAUUAAUGAAUGCUCUGCCCAUGCUGCCUACUCAUAAGUGGUGUGUGUGUCAGUCUGUUAAUACGAGUGUGUAUGGGGAAAGUCCGAGCAGGGGAGCGACGGGAGACCCGAUGGCCAAGCAGCGUCUUACAAAUCAAUGGCUUCAAUUCCAAAUACAAAAACAAACUACAAGAAGAAAACUAUUCGAGAUUAGUCAAAACAAAACAACACAAAAAGUGCACACACGAAAUUGGUAACACAAAAUCUGUUGCACAUUUAUUAAUUCUUUACACAACCUUAUCUCGCACUUGUCGUUCAAGGACGAACGCAUCUGCCAACCCCCCCUUUCUCUCUAUCACUAUAUCUACAUAUUUUUAAUUGUAUAUUUACGCAAGAGGUUCUAGCAUUAAGUGUACCCCCUAAGAUCUACUCUAAGCAUCGACUUUUAUGCGUUUGUACAUUGUGUUAGUCAUAUAGGUCCAAACUGUACAUUCCAGUCCAACGAAUUCAGUUGCGAAACUCUCUUCCAACAACAAUAUAUAAAAACUUACAAAAACCCA